AGUAAGGCAGCCGGACGCGGCUCCUUGUACUGCGCAGUGACACUCUACGCCGCCGAACUACAACUCCCAGCAGGCCGUGCGCCCGCAUAGCCGCUGAUGCAGUGGGGCUAAGAUGGCGGCCGCUGGAGGGAUGGGGGAGCUCCUUUUGUUGUAACGCGGAGUAUUUGUCGGGGGGGAGCCGCUGCUGUGACUGCGGGGCGGUGAGGGAGAGGCGGAUUCCGGCAGCCAGGCGCCGCCGUCAGUCGGCUAAAUCCUCCAAUUUGCAGUAAUGGCAGAAGACAGCCAGGAUUCUAAACCAACUGAGCAAGAUGCUGACAAGGAAUCAAAAAAGGAAUCAAAAAAGAACUCAAACGGAACACCAGAUGCUGCUGUGCCGGAGCAACACCAAGAAAACUGUACAUCUAAUGAUCCACAGGAAAGCCAUGCAUCCGAAGAAAAUACAUGUAAUCCUGAGAAGCUUUGCCCAGGGCAGAUGAUCAUCUUGAAAGCUCUGCAGCAAGUUGUUGGCACCACCUUACAGAGUGAAAGCAAGACUGAAUGUUGUAGAACCAUAGAACCGAAACAGAAAACUUCAAAGCUUAAAAAGUCUUGUAAGAAGAGAGCAUUAAGGAAACCCGAUGGCUCUGGAGAGUCUAAGAUGCCCAGUGUGGAAAAUGAAAUCCCUAUCCCAGAAGUGACAGGAAGUCUUUUAUCCAGUCUUGACAGUGCAUUGAUGUAUCUGGAAAAUAACUACAAUACAAUCAAUUCAGAAUCUCGUCAUGGCUCAGACACCGUUGACACCCUCGAUUUCGGAGAUCUGCAUACGGAAGAAGAGAUGGAGGAAGUGGAGCUGGUAGCUGAGAUCCAGAUCGGUGACUCUGCGUCUUAUUCUAACAGUUAUUCAGGAAUCAUGAGAAGAAAUAGGCGUUGGAUGAAAUCAGUGGGCCUAAGUUCCUCGAGGUUGCAGCUUGCAAGCGGGAAGACUUCUUCUGUUCCCCCAAGAUUCGGGACAUCUAUUGAACCUGUCAUCUCUCCUUUGAACUUAAAACCAUGUACUACAAGGACAUUACUCAGAACUAGAAUAACAGAAAAGGGCUGUGCUGUACAUAAGCCUCUUAUUAAACGGUUAAGAACUACAGAUAGGACUUCCCUGCCAGAGUACCCACAAACCUAUCCCCCAUCAACAACUGUGUUACCUGGACUUCCUUGGAUUGUCACAGAUCCAUCCAAUGCCUUGUCUAAAUCUAGAGUACAGGAAAAUUUUUGUUCUGGCCGGACUACACUGACACAUGGCAGUGCGCAGACAAUUGUUAGAAAAACACCUGAUGCUCUAGUGACAUGCGGACUGGCUCUAGGAAAUGGCACUGAUGUAUCAAAUGGACAACAAAGACCUCUUGGUGGAGAAGGGCCCACAUCCAAUAACCAGCAUUCCCAACCUCCUAGUUCACUGGAAAAGGCAGAUUCUAGCUCAUCCUCCUCCUCAUCAUCAUCCUCUUCCCAUAUGCCGGGGCUGUCUGCUAGUGGCAGUGGUGCCCAAUCAAACAGGUCCCAGGAUCUAGAUAUUUACGACCCCUUUCACCCGACCGAUGAAGAGAAUUUAAAUGGAGAUUAUUUAUAUUCCGACUCCCCUGACAAAGAACCUGAGGAUCAGGAGGAUCAGAAAUAUGAUCCAUUUGAUCCGACCGGCUCUAAUCCUAGUUCUUCAGAGCACAGUCCAUCCCCAUAUGAGGAUGAUGAUGACGACGACGAAGAUGAUGGGAGUGAUAUUCAUCCUGAGGAACGAAUCUCUGAAGCCUUGGCUGGUAUUUAUGAUGAAAAUAGUUUGAGCCAAGAAUUUCCUACUUCUGAAAAAUCAAAGGAAGGUUUUCAGUCUAUUGAUAUGGAUAAAUGCCAAGCAUCAGAUGAUCAGGACAGCAAACCUGAAAGUGAUGCUAAGAAACCUGAACAGAGGCUUUCCAUCGAAAUGUCUGAAUCUGCUGGAAAUGAUAAUGCAAAUCUGGCAUUUGAACCAUACAGUCCCAGCUCUAGUAUAGAUCUAGAUAGGGUUGAUGUUGAAGAUAUUUCCAGGGAAGUAUCGGAAGAGAAAACUGCAAAAGAAACACUUGUUGCUGACUCAACACUGGACGAAGCAAAUACAUCAGAAUUAUCACUCGAGCCUAGAAGACGCGUCUUUACUGUGGAUGUUGGUAAGGAUUAUGUAAGAAAAACAGAAUUUGAUUCUUCUGCAGAUCCUAAAUCCAAGCUGGAGAUAAAGGUAUCUUUAGAGUCUAUUGCAAAACCAGAUAUGAAAUCCUAUUUAAGGUUGGAAAAAAUCGCCAAGCUUGGAGGAGAAUCACGGUCACGUCACAAACAAAAACAUUCUUCUGAAAAGAGAGACCGCGGUGAUGAUUCUGAUGGAAAAUAUGAUUCUGAAAUUGAAGAAGGAGAGAUUGUUCAGCCAGAUGAGGAUUGUUUUAGCCCAAUGCCUUUGUUUCGUAGUAGGUGUCGUGUCCUAGACAGACCACUGAGGAUGGUUGAAGGGGAUGAUUUUCUUUCUUUGCAUGCAGAUUCUGAUGAGGAAGGAGCUUUACAAAUUGACUUUGGAGAAAAUCAAAUGGAUAACCGAUGGAAAGGGCUUGAUUUGAGAAGGAAAAUUACAAACCAGCGCAGAGAAAGGUAUCGGAAAAAAUCGGAGUCUCCCGCAAAAUCCAAAAGACGUUCUAAGUCACACUCUCCUUCUAGUUCACGUAGCCGAAAAAAAGCAAAACGAGAACGGAAGAGGUCAAGAGAACGAAAGAGGUCAAAAGAGCCAAGAGCAUCUACAGCUUCAUGGUCCAAUACAAAAAAAUCUAAAGACCAGAAGGAUCACAAGCGUUCUCGGUCACGUUCUCAGAACAAGGUUUCUCGUUCCCAUUCUAGAGACCACAGAAGAUCACGGUCAUGGACACCUUCUAUUAGUACCAGCAUAUCUGCUGUAGACUCUUCUCGUACUUCAGCUGAAAGGAGGAAAAGCCGUAGAUCUAAAUCAAAAGAGAAAAGGCAUCAGUGGUCUCGAUCUGUCAGUACUGAACGGUCCCGAAAAGAUAAACACAAAGAGAAACAUAAAACCGAUGGAAAGAAAAAGAAAAAAAGGUCCCGGUCUCGAUCUAGAGAGAGAGAUCGUAGGUCUUCACACCGUUCAAAUGAUAGGAGGGAUAAAGACAAAUCACGGACAAGACAUCCUUUAGAUGAACCAAAACCUGAUGAUCCGCCAUUAUUGGAAAGGAGGAGGCGGGAUAGUCGAUCAGUCGUUCCUCCCUCAAUACAGGACCUUAAUAAUGCUGAUCUAUUUACUAUUAAAAGAACAAUUACUGUGAAUCCGGAGGAGAAACUGGAAGAGCGUGAGGACUUACUAAAUACUCCUGAAGUAUCAGGGAAAAGAGAGGUUCUGUAUGAUUCAGAAGGCUUAAGCUUCGAAACCUAUUCCGACCGUGAAACCAUUGAUGACAGAGAUGGUAAAUGCAAUAGAAUAUUUGAAAGGCACUCUGGGAAGACAGAAAGCAGCAAGAGAAGGAUACCUGGGGAAUUUGAAAAGAAACGGACAGAAGAGGAACGUGAGAGUCGUCAAAGAUCCAGCAAGGAUAGAGAUAGAAAAAGAUCAUACGAUGAUAGUAGCCGUGACAGGUACAAAAAACGAUUUAAAGAGGUGCCUGAUCCAGAACCUGAACCCUUAAAACUAGAGAGAGAAAAGAUUCGUACAGAAAAGGAUAAAACCUCCAAAAAGUUAAAAGUGAGCCAUAAAGAAGGUAAAGGGAGUUCAGCCAGAAAAGUUAAAUUGCAGUCUAAAGUGGCUGUGCUGAUUCGUGAGGGAGUGAGCAGUACCACCUCUGUUAAAGAAGCAGGGUCUAUUGGUGUCAAAUUUAGUCGGGAUAGGGAGAGCAGGUCACCGUUCCUAAAAUCUGAAGAAAAGAUGCCAGAUAUUAAGACUAUUCGACCUAAGCUGGAAAUGUCUGAUAUAAAAGAACCCGUCAUGAAGCCCAAAAAACUUAAAGGCUUAAAAACAAAAACUGGCAUUAAAAAAGUGAAACCUGCUGGGGUCCUUGUGAAACCUAAAGGAACGCUUGAAAAGAAAAAGAAAAAAGUGAAGGUAAAGGCCUCCUUAAAGAAAUCUAAAGCAGAUAGCUGCAGCAAGGAACUCCCUAGCCCUAUCCAAGCCAAAGAUGAACCAAUAUGGUCAGACACUGAGAAAAGUGAGAGCAUUGUGAAACCCCCUAGCCCCCCCAAGCCAUCCAUUGAGCAGGAGCUCACCCCUGAUUCACAGACUGUUGAUAGUAGCUGCAAGACCCCUGAUGUGUCAUUUAUUCCUGAAGAACCACCUCUGGAACCUGAGCAAAGUAUUGACUUAGAGAUGGACAACAUGUCUGAGCCCAAGGAAGAAAUUUCCCGUCCUCCUCCUCCUCCACCCCCUCCUCCACCAGCACCAAUGUCUUGGAAUCUCCAGUCUGGAGUGGACUGUACCACAAGUGGUGUUCUAGCAUUGACGGCUUUGCUUUUCAAGAUGGAGGAAGCCAACAUGGCCAGCAGGGCAAAGGCACAGGAAUUAAUACAAGCUACUAAUCAGAUCCUCAAUCAGAGCAAACCAACUACCUCCAUGGUUUCACAACCACCUGCUCCGCAAGUGAUGUCAUCCAUCAGCCAUUCAGCUCCACAAUACCUUCUUCACAGCAGUUUGCCUCUCAGCAACAACUCCAGCCCACCUACACCAACUGGCAUGUCAUCGUUAAACGCCCAAACACUUGCUGGUCCCACCUCAAGCUCAUUUUUCAACACUACUUCCGUUAUUGACCUGGGGAAAAGAGAUGGCAGUACAAGUUCUGAGGGCAGAGGAGACACCGAUAAGUACCUGAAGAAGCUUCACACUCAGGAAAGAGCUGUAGAAGAGGUCAAACUGGCCAUUAAACCAUAUUAUCAGCGAAAGGAGAUCACAAAGGAUGAUUACAAGGAUAUACUGCGCAAAGCUGUACACAAGAUCUGUCACAGUAAAAGUGGAGAAAUAAAUCCAGUGAAGGUGAACGCCUUGAUCAAGGCAUACGUCCAGCGAUACAAGUACUUCCGAAAACACGGAAAGAAAAUGGAAGACGACGAGAGCAGCAGCGGUUAUCGUGGGUCAAAGGACUCCGGGACAAUGGAAAAGGGUUUACCUCCUUUACCCUUAAUCUGAAUCAGAGAGAGACUGUACUUGUUUUAAAUCCAUCAAUCUAAAAUAAUUUUAAUUGCUAGUUUAAAAAAAAAAAAAAAAAAACUAAAAAAAAAUAUGGGGAGGGGUAAAGCUUUUAUGCAAAUAUUUGUCAAACUUUAGAAAUAAUUAUCUUUAGAAAUAAAAUAUAUGUAUGUGGCUCAUUACUAAUGUCCCUCUCCCUCUGAGAGUGCUGUUUAAAGGUCGGCCUCCCGAUGAUCCGGAGAGAAUCCCACAUCUUUGCUAGAUAGAAGUGCACAGGAAUCUUUGUUUGCUGUGCGGUCUUUUAAAUAGUUGAUGGUCUCUUUGUAAAUAUAUAUUUCUGCUUCACAGAUUUGCAGCUUUAUUAUUCAUAUUACUGGAUUUUAACUCUUACACAUCUUUUGCCAAUUAUAAUAAUUUUAUUUUAUUUUUUUUGCAUGAUUUGUGGUUGUCACAAUUUUCACACCCAAGGUAGCAGGUUCUUGUUAUCUAUUGCUGACUUCAUAUUGUUAGCUGUAUUAAAUUGCCAUCCUGUAA